AUGAUCGCAGCGUUCUCCCAGGCCGUGGACUGGCGGGACGUGGGGCUGCGGGGGGUGCUGAAGGAACUUGCCGACGCCGAGGAAGAGGAGGGGCUGCGGUGGCUGAAGACGGCGGCGAGCUCGGCGCUGGCCAUUUGCCACGGGCUCUCCUCCCUCCAUGGCUCCCUCUUCCCACACCUCUCCCUGACCAGUGAGGACAUGAUCGCAGCGUUCUCCCAGGCCGUGGACUGGGCCGGCUGCACCAUCCGAGCCUUCUCCUGGCACCCCCACACCAGCAAAUUUGCCGUGGCUCUUCUGGAUGACUCCGUUCGGGUGUACAACUCCAAAAGUGCCACCAUCCCCUCGCUGAAGCAUCGUCUCCAGAGGAACGUGGCCACCAUGGCCUGGAAGCCGCUCUGCGCCUCCAUCCUGGCUGUCGCCUGCCAGAGCUGCGUCCUGGUGUGGCACCUGGAUCCCACCUCCCUCUCCACCAGACCCUCGUCCGGCUGCGCUCAGGUCCUGUCCUACCCCGGGCACGGCCCCAUCACCAGCCUGGCCUGGGCUCCCAGCGGGGACCUGCUGCUCUCGGCGUCGCCGGCCGACACGGCCAUGCUGGCGUGGGACGUGUCCACCGAGAAUUGUGUCCCCCUGCAGCGCUUUGGGGGUGGAGGUGUCACCUAUCUGGCAUGGUCACCGGAUGGCAGCAAGGUCCUGGCGGCCACUCCCUCAGUGGUGUUCCGGGUGUGGGAGGCUCAGAUGUGGAUGUGCGAGCGGUGGCCCACCAUCAAAGGACGCUGCCAGACGGGGUGCUGGAGCCCGGAUGGCAGCCGCUUGCUCUUCUCAGUUCUGGGGGAGUCUCUCAUCUACUCCUUGUCCUUCUCCGAGUAUCGGGGGGAGAUGGAAGGACAAGUGGGAGGCUCCAAAACAGCUUCCAUCGUGGCCGAUGUGUCUGAGACCACCUUUGAGACCCUCUUCGGGGAGGAGAGGAUUGGGGGUGAAGUCCAUUCCAUGGUGUGGGACCCCACUGGGGAGAGACUCGCCGUGAUCCUCAGAGGACAUCCCGAUGAUCCCGGGAGCCAGGCCAUCGUCGCCGUCUUCCGCACCCGCAACAGCCCUGUCUUUGAGCUCCUGCCCUGCGGUUUCCUGCGAGGGGAAGGGGGGGCACAGCCCCAGCUCAUCGCCUUCCACCCCUGCUUCAAGAAGGGCGCCCUCCUGACCGUGUGCUGGUCCACGGGGAAGAUCAGCCACGUCCCCUUCUUCUUCGUCAGCGCCCACAUCCCCUGCGCCAGCCCCGGCCCCGUCACAGCCAGUGCUGGGGGGUGGGAGCAGCCCCUCUUCUCCGAGCGGUGACAACACCCCUGUCCUCAGUGUCCCUGUCACCCCAGAGCCAGCGUCGGGACGGUCCCUCCGUCCUCAUCCUCCUGGGACACACGGCAGGGCCGUGGGUGCCUUCGGUCCCUCCUGGGGGGUCUUGUGGGGCCAGAGGGAUUAAAUCUGGCUCUUUUCCCCCCCUCUCACUGCUGCCCUUCUCCCUGCCCCACUCUUUCCUUGCCCUGGGGGGGCUGCAAAUUUUUUU